AUGACAAUCGAACGAUUAAAAUCACACGAAGAAUAUCGCGAAGAAAAAUUCAAAGAACUAAAAGUUUCGCUCGAUUCCGAUGACCAGGAAGAAGCGUGCAAAACGCUGGAUAAAAUAGUCUCUCUCGAUUUUCCCGUCAGAGAUGAGUUGUAUCUAAAGAUGAAUUUUUCCCAAGUGGAAAUUCCGUGGUCUUACGUAACGCCAGAAGAAGAGAUGCAAUCGAGACUGGAAGUUUACAACCAUGCCUGUUUUGGCUCUUGCAAAUCAUAUAUCGCCAAAACCAUCAAAAAGAACGAAAAACUCUCCGUUUCUCAACAACGCGAAGCUCUCCAAAAACUCCAAUCUCUCAUCAUCUCCGGCUCCAACUGCGAGUCGGACUGGAACUCGACGUAUCAAAACGAAAUCCUCCCAGACAACGAUCGAAUAUACCAACAUACGUUUCUACUCGACAAAUACAACGGGGCCGGCUGCGUUCCGCUGAAAACAGGGACGACUAAUUGGCAACGAUCUUUCGGAGCUCUUCGAUUUCUGAGCGAUGAAAAACCAACUGUCGAUCCGGAAAUGAUCAAUUCGGAGAUUGCAUUUAAACUCGUGCCGAGAUACGCUUGGAAAUAUGAAAACCGAGUUUUCGGAUCGCCGGAAAUUUGGGAAAGAAAUAACUUUCCUUUUCAUGGAAUCGAUCUUAUGAAGCAAAAGAAAAGUCUCCGGAAAAUUCGCCUGAAUGAUCCGCUUUUUCAAAAAUUCGAAGAACAAAGAGAAAAAUCAGCGACUCGACCGACAGAAGAGCAGAAAGAAAUCAUCGACAAAUGUGGCGAAAAAGCGUUCCAAAAGCGAGUCGAAGAUAAAAAAUAUUUACGAUUUAUCAAUGUCCGUCAUCCCUUUUCUCGUCUGUUUUCUGCUUGGAGGCAAAAAUUUUCAGUCAAUUUCCAUAACGCGCAAAAAUUUGAACCCAUCGCAGCGAUCAUUCGAGAGCAGCAAAAAGCGGCAAGUGGCGAGGAAGAUAUCAUCCCUCCUGGCUUUGUUUGCUCCUUCAAAGGGUUUUUGAGAUAUGUCAUUUUGAAGAGCAAGGAAGAUAAGGAAACAAUGAAUCAUCAUUGGGUCAGCUAUCAGGAUUCUUGCGAGCCGUGUUUUCUCAAGCUCAAUGCGAUUACGAAGCAGGAGACUUCUCAUCAAGACUCAGCCUAUAUCUUCGAAAAAAUGUCGAUUCGGGACAAAACCUACAUGCCUGGAAUGUACGAUACCCACGUCCCGGAUGCAACAGAAAAAAUCUUCAGGGAGCAUCAAGUCGACAAAGAGAUAAUUGAAGAGCUGUAUAUUGUGUAUUAUAAUGAUUUUAUUCUCUUCAACUACACUAUCGAUUCUUUUCUCGAAAAUUAA